AUGUCCCAUUUCAACAGAGCAUUAGGAGAAGGAGAUUUGAGAAAAUUACUGAAAAUUUACCGCACAGAGAUUUCAAUGGCAGUGGAUGAUGUCUUCCCAUUACUUCAUGGGCUUGCUGAUCAUGAAGUUGUCACUGAAGAGAUGUUCAAGGACACUCUCCACCUGAAGGAAACUGAAGGUUGCCACAGGGCUUUUUACACCAUGUUGACAUGGUUGCUAAAUCAGGAUUUAUCUUCCAUAGAAGAUUUCUGGAGAGUCCUUUUCAAAGAAUACAACCUGGAGAGGUAUUCCAAGCUUCAGUCCAUUUGGAACAACUUUCCUAAAGGUGAACAGCAACAAGAAAAACAUUUGCAUACUGGUUCCACAUACAAGAGGCAGAUACAUGUGCUUCAUACUGCAUUGUUUACCUUGCCUAUUUGUGGGAAAAAGAACGAUGAUGAAUGUGCUAUCUGUAGGGAUGGUGGAGAGCUGAUCUGUUGUGAUGGAUGCCCUAAGGCCUUUCAUCUUGGUUGUCUUUUACCACCACUGACAGAAAUUCCAAGGCACUGCAAGACGGAUUCCCAGGAUUUUGACCUGGUGAGCUUGUUCCUGGUCUCCCUCCCCCCCGCCCCCGAGAGCAGAGCCAGGAGCGGAAACAUCGGGGGACAACCACCAGUGCAGUUGGUCAAUAUGACGCCGAAGGACGCAGCCAUCUCCCAAGGUCACUUCGUAUGA